UAAAAGCUGCGGCCGCGCAGAGACACGGAGCUCGCCCACCGCCCUCUGCAGCUGCGACCACACCAUGCAUGUGAACGGCAAAGUGGCGCUGGUGACCGGCGCAGCGCAGGGAAUAGGCAGAGCCUUUGCAGAGGCACUGCUGCACAAGGGCGCCAAGGUAGCGCUGGUGGAUUGGAAUCUUGAAGCAGGUAUGGACUGUAAAGCUGCCCUAGACGAGCAGUUUGAACCUCAGAAGACUCUCUUCAUCAAGUGUGAUGUGGCUGACCAGGAACAACUGAGAGAUACUUUCAGAAAAGUCGUAGACCAUUUUGGAAGAUUGGACAUUUUGGUCAAUAAUGCUGGAGUGAAUAAUGAGAAAAACUGGGAAAAAACUCUGCAGAUUAAUUUGGUUUCUGUUAUCAGUGGAACCUAUCUUGGUUUGGAUUACAUGAGCAAGCAAAAUGGAGGUGAAGGUGGCAUCAUUAUCAAUAUGUCAUCUUUAGCAGGACUCAUGCCUGUUGCACAGCAGCCUGUCUACUGUGCCUCCAAGCACGGCAUAAUUGGAUUCACACGUUCGGCAGCGAUGGCUGCUAACCUUAUGAACAGUGGUGUGAGACUGAACGCCAUUUGUCCAGGCUUUGUCAACACGCCCAUCCUUGAAUCCAUUGAAAAAGAAGAAAACAUGGGACAAUACAUAGAAUAUAAAGAUCACAUCAAAGACUUGAUGAAAUUCUAUGGAAUUUUGGACCCAUCAAUGAUUGCCAAUGGAUUACUAACACUCAUUGAAGAUGAUGCUUUCAAUGGCGCUAUAAUGAAGAUCACAACUUCUAAAGGAAUUCAUUUUCAGGACUAUGAUACAACUCCAUCUCAUGUCAAAACCCAAUGAACAUUUUAGUUAUCAGCCAUAACUGAAAAUAAGUACAAAUGACUUACAUUCAGACCACAUCUUUAUUUGAAUAUAGCUUUUUAAAUGAAAUGUUAUAGUCUGAAGCUUUCCUUCACACAACAGAUAUUGUUUUUUCUAAAUGAUUAACUGAGUCUGUGGAUAAAAAUUUAUGAUAAACUAUUAAAAAGUACAAUUCAAACCAAAGCUAGGUUUUUAAACUGUAUAGUGUAAGUCAGGAUUAAAACAAAGGAUAUUCAAGGAAUAUUCUGCCUUCCAGAAAAUAUUAUUUAAAUCUGUGGUUCAUAAAUAUUAAAGUUUUUAGGAAAUCCUUUUAAAGGAGAUACUUGAAUUGUUAUAUAAAUCAAAACAGAUGUAAAAAAACUCAUUUUCUAUGUUUGCACUUCAAAAGCAGAAAGCUACUUAAUAAUGACAAAGGUUUAGUACUAGUAAUUUUUACUUACAUGCCAUCUUUAAGCUGAACAU